GAAAGUAUUGCAUGCAGGUAUGUUACCACGGAUAUCCCAAGUGAUCUUCUAGUUCAGGUUGGAGAUGUUAAUUUUCACUUACACAAGGUAGCUAAUUCGUUGCUUAGGUGUUUGAUUUUUUGUCUCUGAAAACUGUCUUCACCUUUCAGUUUAAUGAGAAUUUAAAACUAUAUGGUCUCAAUUCAUAUGACUCAACUGUAAUUUGUUGUUUACCUUGGGAAAGUAUCCCCUGCUUUCCCGGAGUGCAAAACUGAACAGGCUUGUAUACGAAGCACGUGAAGAUGUGCACAAGAUUGCUUUGGGUGAUCUUCCUGGAGGACCUGAUGCAUUUGAGCUAGCGGCAAAGUUUUGUUAUGGGAUUGCAGUUGAUCUUACUGCUGCUAACGUAGCCGGUCUGAGGUGUGCUGCAGAGUAUCUUGAGAUGACAGAGGAUUUAGAAGAAGGCAACCUUAUAUUCAAAACCGAAGCGUUUCUCAGCUAUGUGGUGUUAUCCUCAUGGAGAGACUCAAUACUGGUACUAAAGAGUUGUGAGAAGCUCUCUCCUUGGGCGGAAAACCUUCAAAUUGUGCGUAGAUGCAGCGAGUCAUUAGCUUGGAAGGCCUGUGCCAAUCCCAAAGGAAUUAGAUGGGCAUAUAGUGGGAGAACCCCAAAAGUCUCAAGCCCCAAGUGGAAUGAAAUGAAGGAUUCAAGCCCCACCAGGAACCAGCCUGUUCCUCCUGACUGGUGGUUUGAAGAUAUUUCAAUCCUCAGGAUUGAUCACUUUGUUAGGGUCAUUACAGCAAUUAAGGUAAAGGGAAUGAGGUUUGAGUUGAUUGGAGCUGCAAUAAUGCAUUAUGCGGUAAAAUGGCUUCCAGGUUUGAUUAAAGGGGCAGGUCUGGGGGAUGAAAUGAGUAGCAGCAGUACUACUGCUGGCAGUGGUAACAGUAGUUGGAAAGGUGGACUUCAUAUGAUUGUUGCUGGAAUUAAGGACGACCCUCCCACUGUUCAGGCCAAAGAUCAACGAAUGAUCAUUGAGAGCCUAAUUAGCAUCAUUCCACCACAGAAAGAUAGUGUGUCCUGUAGCUUUCUUCUACGGCUACUAAGUAAGGCAAACAUGCUGAAAGUAGCACCAGCUUUGGUGACUGAACUGGAGAAUCGAGUGGGAAUGCAAUUUGAGCAGGCUACACUGGCAGAUCUUCUCAUCCCUUGUUACAACAAAGGCGAGGCAAUGUAUGAUGUAGAUCUUGUUCAGAGACUCCUGGAGCAUUUUCUGGUCCAGGAACAGACAGAAAGUUCAAGCCCCAGAAGACAAUCCUCCUCGGACAAACACAUGUAUGAAGGAACUCCAAGGAGCAGUCACACUAAUGCCAAGAUGAGAGUGGCAAGACUUGUGGACAGUUAUCUUACUGAAAUUUCAAGAGAUAGAAACCUCUCUCUGACAAAGUUUCGGAUUCUGGCUGAAGCUUUACCUGAAUCUGCUAGGACAUGUGACGAUGGACUUUAUCGAGCAAUCGAUUCUUAUCUCAAGGUAAUUCUCUUUUUCAUCCUGAAACUAGUACAACUCUUCUAUAGUAGAACCGCUCAUCCUACGUUGACUGAGCAUGAAAGGAAGAAGCUCUGCCGUGUGAUGGACUGCCAGAAGUUGUCAAUUGAUGCCUGCAUGCAUGCUGCUCAGAACGAGAGGCUCCCGCUCAGAGUGGUGGUGCAGGUCCUUUUCUCCGAACAGGUGAAGAUAAGCAAUGCAUUGGCCAACCUCAGCCUCAAAGACACUGGUGAGAGUCGGUACCAGCCCAUGAUACCAAAGCGGAAAACAUUGCUUGAAGCUACACCAUUAUCAUUCCAGGAAGGAUGGGCAGCUGCCAAGAAAGACAUAAACACACUGAAGUUUGAGUUGGAGAGCAUGAAGGCCAAGUACCUUGAGCUCCAAAACGACAUGGAGAACUUGCAAAGGCAGUUCGAUAAGAUGUCAAAGCCAAAGCAAAUGUCAGCAUGGACAAGCGGGUGGAAGAAACUAAGCAAACUUACCAAGAUGACAAACAUGGAAAACCGAGACAUUAUUCGAUCUCCGCUACCAGUUGCCGCAGAACAGAAUGGCAGGACUCCAAGAAGGUGGAGAAAUUCAGUUUCAUAAACAAAAUGAAGUCAAACGAACAGAAAAAACGCAUCCCCUUUUGUGUUCCUUUGAAUUUUUUGAGAAUGUGCAGGGUUUGUUUUAAAUCUUUUAAUCUGAAUCUUUUAUCAUCUACAUCUGAAAAUUCUCCGUCUGGUGUGACAAAUCAAAGGUGAAAUUUUAGACCAAUAAAAAAUAAAGCAAAGAACUCCCAGUGAUUUUUCCUACGCAAGGAUAUGGAUGUUGUUGCAUUCUGUAAACUACACAAUAUAAAUCAAUAGUAGAGAACAGU